AUGGAUUCAGGAGAAAUCAAAGUAUAUGAUAAGCAAUACCUUGACGAAUAAUCCGUCUAAAAAUACCUGGCAUUCCCAGUGUUAAAAUUAGCUUAAGCAAUGAUUGCUAUUAUUGCCUAAUAUAAAGAUCCGAAAGGUACCCUUGAGAUUUAUUAGCCUCCAAGUUAGAAAAGCUAAUACAAGCUUUAGCCUGUUAUGAAAAUCGAGACAUUUGUCUAAUCCUUUACAACCUUCACAUCUACUCUAAUUUAAGGAGAAGCAAAUGACUUUAUUAUGAUAGCGACAGCAGUGCAUGACAGACCUUAUGUCCCUAAAAUAUGGCUUUUAAAUGAAUCUGCUAAUGGAAUUAAAUAGGAGGUAGAAAUUGAAAACAGAUCAAUCGUUGAAGCUGGAAAAGAGAAGAAGACAUUUGCUCCUAAAUCUCAACCUAAGGAAGAAAAGAAAAAGACAGCUGAGGAAUCAAAGAAAAAAGGUGGAGAGGAUAGUAAAUUAAAAAAACCGAGUGGUAAAGAAGAAAUUAAGGGGAAAACUAGCGGGAAGGAUAAAAAAGAAGAAGUGAAAGAUAUUCCAAAAAGUAAGCCUGCUGAUAUUCCUCCAAAUUCGUGUCCAGAACUAUUUAUUGGAUAUGAAAGUGGAGCAAUAGGUGCAUUUAAGAUUAAGUUUGAUUAUAAUGGAAAGCUUUCCUGCUUACAGGUAAUUUCAACUUAGAAAGUUAUAUAAGAUCCAAACAUUCAUCAUGUACUAUCCCUAGAGACUAUUUAUUUAAAGCCAGACGUUGCAGAUUUCAAACUUGCUGUUGGUUAUUAUUCUCAAAUAAUUUAGACUCUAGACUUUACUCAGGCAAGCGAUGGUGAUACAUAUCAGCUUUUCUUUUAAAAUUAAACCGAAGCUACCUAUUCAGAAAAGCCUGGAAUAGGAACCCUUGAUAGUUUAGUAAUAGAUAAUAAGGCAUUAUUGAUGGCUACUUUGCUAGUUGGAAUUUGA